AUGCCUUCUCUCAAUCCGACGCACAUUGACGACGAGCGAUGGCAGCACGGCUUUGCCUUUGUCGAUGAGGCCAGGGAAGUCAGGAUUCAUUACAUCGACUGCCCUCCCGAGGGAAAGCAAGAGAGAGGCACCGUUCUGCUGAUCCACGGCUACCCAAACACCUCCUACCAAUGGCGACAUGUCAUCACCCCCAUCUCGAACGCUGGCUACAGAGUGAUUGCGCCAGACUACCGCGGCGCCGGCGACUCUUCGCAUCCACGAUCUGGCUACGACAAGGUCACCGUCGCCGACGAUCUCUACAAGGUCGUCCAUGACCAUCUUGCCAUCACAUCCAAGAUCCACGUCGUCGGUCAAGACAUCGGCGGCAUGAUCGCCCACGCAUACGCCGCAAGCCACCCAGACCACACCCGCUCCGUCAUGUGGGGCGAAUGUCCCCUCCCUGGCUCGACGCCCUACGAAUCCGGCUUCAAGAACUCGCCUGGCAUGUGGCACUUCACCUUCCAACAACAACUCGACCUGCCCGAGAUGCUCACUCAAGGGAAAGAGAAGAUCUACAUCAAACACUUCUACGACCGCCUCUGCUUCAACCCGGCCGGCAUCGGUCCAAGAGAUGUCGACCAUUACGGCGCCAGCUUCUGUCAACCGGGCGCCAUGAGAGCUGGCUUUGACUUGUACCGCGCUUUCCCCCAGGACGCCAAAGACAACCAAGCCAUGUUGAAAAGAGAUGGACAGCUGAACAUUCCUUCGGCUGCGCUGAGCGGCGAGAUGAGUCUGCUGAGAGAAGUCGCCAUGGACCAGACAAAGGAGUUCUAUACACAAGCCGCCGAGGUCAUUGUGGCUAGGAGUGGACACUGGACUGCUGAGGAGAACCCCGCCAGUUUCGUCGAGGGUGUUGUAUCGUUCAUCAAGAAGCAUGAUUAG